AUGGCGGGCUGUAUAAAGUCGGUCAACAGAUCGGCCUCGACCGCCUUCUCACCCGACGGUGCGUACAUCGCCGCCGGGACCAUGGCGGGGGCCGUGGAUCUACAAUUCAGCUCCACUGCCAAUCUCGAUAUAUUCGAGCUUGAUUUCCUCUCCGACGAUCGACAGUUGAUCAUGGCGGGCACUAUUCCCAGCUCUGAGCGCUUCAAUCGGAUUUCGUGGCAGAAAGCCUCCGCCAAUUCGGAGGAGUAUCCGCUCGGUCUCAUUGCUGGUGGUCUUGUCGACGGCAACAUUGGGCUUUGGAAUCCUAAGCCCCUGAUCUGUAAAGAAGGUUCUGAUACAAGUGAGAAUACAUUGGUCACAAAUCUUACAAGACACAAAGGACCUGUUCGGGGGUUGGAGUUUAAUUCUAUUACUCCACACCUUAUUGCUUCUGGUGCUGAUGAAGGUGAUAUUUCUAUUUGGGAUUUGACCAAACCAUUAGAGCCUAACCAUUUUCCGGCACUGAAGGGUAGUGGGUCUGCAUCACAAGGUGAAAUUUCGUUUUUGUCCUGGAACAGCAUGGUUGAGAAGAUCCUGGCGUCCACUUCUUAUAAUGGGACAACAGUGGUGUGGGAUCUGAGGAAGCAAAAGCCAGUUAUAAAUUUCUCAGAUUCAGUUAGAAGGAGGUGCUCUGUUUUGCAGUGGAAUCCUGAUAUUGCAACUCAGCUUAUUGUUGCUUCUGAUGAAGAUAAUUCGCCUUCUCUCAAAAUGUGGGAUGUGCGCAAUAUAAUGUCUCCAGUGAAAGAGUUUGUAGGACACACCAAAGGUGUGAUCGCUAUGUCCUGGUGCCCUAUUGACAGCUCUUAUCUGCUUACCUGUUCCAAAGAUAAUCGCACUAUUUGCUGGGACACAAUAUCUGGAGAGAUUGUAGCUGAAUUACCUACUGGAACCAACUGGAACUUUGAUGUUCACUGGUAUCCGAAAAUUCCUGGAGUCAUAUCAGCAUCUUCAUUUGAUGGGAAAGUCAGCCUGUAUAACAUUGAGGGUGCUGGCCGAUAUGGUCUUGGAGAGGCUGACUUUGGUGCAGCACCUCUGAGGGCCCCAAAGUGGUACAAGCGAAAAGCUGGAGUUUCAUUUGGCUUUGGUGGGAAGCUUGUUUCAUUUAAUUCGGCUGAAUCUUCUACUGGAUCUUCAGAGAUCUUUGUGCACAAUUUGGUCACUGAACAUGGUUUGAUUAGUCGAUCUUCAGAGUUUGAAACGGCAAUACAAAAUGGGGAUAGAUCAGCUCUUAAACUUUUAUGUGAAAGGAAGUCUCAAGAAUCUGAAUCUGAAGAGGAAAGAGAAACAUGGGGCUUCAUGAAGGUUAUGUUCAAUGAGGAUGGAACUGCACGGUCAAAUCUGCUUUCCCAUCUUGGUUUCAGUCCGCCUAUCGAAGAAAGCAACUCUGAAGUGAAUGAUGUUACUGAGCAGGUCGAUGCUCUUAGUCUUGAUGAGAGUAAAGCAAUUAAAACAGGUGUUUCUGGGUACAAAGAAUCUGCCUUAUUUGCAACUGACAAUGGGGAAGAUUUCUUUAACAAUCUACCUAGCCCCAAGGCAGAUACACCUGUGGCUAUUUCUAAGGAUGAAGUUGUUGGAGACUCAGUAAAAGAAUCUCAUCAAGAAAUUGACGGACGGGAGGACAGUUCUGAUCCUUCAUUUGAUGAUGCUGUCCAACGUGCUUUAGUUGUUGGUGACUAUAAGGGGGCAGUUGCACAGUGCAUUUCUGCCAAUAGAUUGGCAGAUGCCUUGGUCAUUGCUCACGUUGGUGGGGUUUCAUUGUGGGAGAGCACACGUGACCAGUACUUCCGGACAAGUCUCUCUCCCUACCUAAAGGUUGUUUCUGCAAUGGUAAACAAUGACUUAAUGAGCAUAGCAAACACCAGACCGCUGAAAUCAUGGAAGGAAACCCUUGCUCUCUUUUGUACUUUUUCACAGGCAGAUGAAUGGACCCUAUUAUGUGACACUCUUGCUGCUAGACUUAUGUCUUCUGGUGAUACAACUGCCGCGACACUAUGUUAUAUUUGUGCUGGAAACAUUGACAAAACUGUGGAAAUUUGGUCAAAGAGCCUGUCAGCAGAACAUGAUGGAAAGUCCUAUGUAGACCGUCUCCAGGAUUUAAUGGAGAAGACUAUCGUCUUUGCUUUGGCUACUGGGCAAAAGCGAUUUAGUGAUUCACUGUGUAAGCUAGUUGAGAAAUAUUCUGAAAUAUUAGCAAGUCAAGGGCUUUUAACAACGGCAAUGGAGUACUUGAAUCUUCUGGGGACUGAAGAAUUGUCGACUGAAAUUACUAUCUUGCGUGAUCGUAUUGCUCGUUCAACUGAGCAAGAGAAAGAAACUGUGAAUACAACAACUUAUGAUAAUAGUCAAAUGCAAGUUGGAGCAGCAUAUGAUAAUAGUUACAGCGGUGUUAGCACUUCUCAACAUCAUUAUCAGGAUACUGGAGCAGCUCAUAUCCAACCUAUCAUUCCGGGCAAUCAGUAUGGUGAUAAUUAUCAGCAGUCACCUGCUGUUUCGUAUAGAAGAGCUUAUAAUGCUCCUCCUGUUUAUCAGCCAGUUCCACAGUCUAAUACACCUCCUACUAUGUUUGUCCCUUCUCCUGAAACUCCAGCUCCAGUGGGAAACUUUCCUCCACCUCUUGUUAAUGCGCAGCCUCCUGCGAAAUUUAUUCCCGCAAACCCUCCAUUAUUGAGAAAUGCAGAGCAAUAUCAGCAGCCGUCCACUUUGGGUUCCCAUUUAUAUCCAGGGGCUGCUAAUCCUGGUUAUCAAGCUGGUGCUCUGGGUAUGUCAGCAUAUGGUGCUAACACAUCUCAAGUGGGGCCAACUACUGGGCAAGUGAUGUCCCAGGUUAUGACUCCUACCCCGGCUUCUACAGGAUUCAUGCCAAUGGGCAAUUCAGGGGUCCAAAGACCUGGUAUGAAUCCAGUGCAACCUUCUAGUCCUUCUCCACCAGUUGCAAUGCAACUACCAGUUACUCCUGCUGCUCCCCCUCCUACAGUGCAGACUGCUGAUACAUCAAAUGUUCCUGCACAACAGAAGCCGGUCAUUGCAACUCUAACAAGACUUUUUAACGAGACAAGUGAAGCAUUGGGAGGAUCAAGGGCAAAUCCUGCAAAGAAGCGAGAAAUAGAGGACAACUCAAAGAAGUUAGGGGCCCUGUUUGCGAAACUUAAUAGUGGAGACAUAUCCAAAAAUGCUGCAGAAAAGCUUGUGCAGCUAUGUCAAGCACUGGACAAUGGUGAUUUUGCCACUGCCCUUCAGAUCCAGGUUCACCUCACAACAAGUGAUUGGGAUGAAUGCAACUUCUGGUUAGCAACAUUGAAAAGAAUGAUCAAGACCAGACAGAACUUCAGAUAAAUUACGUAGGCAAUUAGGUCGUCAGUACGUGUGAUGUAGCAUCAAAUUGUAGUUGUUGAUUCAUGUUCAAGUGAGAGGAGCUCUGUACACAAGAAUUUAGCAUACAGGUUCUUGUUUACUCUUUUGGGGAGAUGGCAUCUUUUUGCUUCAAUUUCAUUGGAUUCUUUUAUAACAACUCCAACGCUAGAUGGCUUUACAGACUGAGUUUUUUUCUCUUUUUUUUCUCUUUUUUGGGGCAAUUAUUAGCCACAUAAAAUAUUUAGUGUUGAGACGUAGAUACUCUUUUAAUUAACUAUACACAACACACUGUUGUAAUUUUUUUCAAGGCAUGUCUAUGGAAACUACUUGUAUCUUUGAUGA